CAUCAUGGGCUGAUUUUCUAAUCCGAUACCUAACCUCUCUUCCUUCAUUCAUGGCUUCCAUAUCGAUCUAACCCAAGAAAAAUCCUCCCCUUCCUCUCCAAAAUGUCAUCAAACAUCGAAGUCGAAUCCUGUAAAGUAGAUUCCGAGGACGCUGUGAAGCUUCACGCGAGGAUCUUCAAGCCCAGACGCGAAGAACACGAAGAACGACCGAACAGCAACCUAGCAAUUGUUCUUGUCCAUCCAUUCUCGCUGUUGGGUGGUUGUCAGGCUCUGUUGAGAGGCAUAGCUUCUGGUUUGGCCGCCAAUGGCUACACAGCCGUCACUUUUGAUACCAGAGGCGCCGGAAAAUCCACCGGAAGAGCAACUCUUACUGGGUUCGCCGAAGUUAAGGAUGUGAUCGCUGUUUGUCGGUGGGUCUGCCAGAAUCUCGGCGUUGAUAAGAUUGUUUUGGUUGGUUCUUCUGCAGGUGCCCCGAUCGCUGGAUCAGCAGUGGAUCAGGUAGAACAAGUGGUGGGAUACGUGAGUUUGGGGUACCCAUUUGGCCUAAUGGCCUCAGUCCUAUUCGGGCGUCACCACAAAUCCAUUCUCCAAUCCCUAAAACCGAAACUCUUUGUGAUGGGAACUCGGGACGGGUUCACGAGCGUGAGCCAGCUCAAGAACAAGCUCAAAUCCGCUUCAGGACGAACAGAAACUCAUCUCAUCGAAGGCGUUAGCCAUUUCCAGAUGGAAGGACCGCACUAUGAUUCAGACAUGGUUAAUCUCAUCUGCAACUUCAUAUCAUCCUUGUAGGGUUUCUCUUCUGUCCGAAACCAGGAACUGAAAUUCAGAAGAGACUAUUAAGUUAACAUAACCUAUUGAUUGAAGAGCCAUGAGAAGAUACAGAUGACAGUACAGUCUUACACCA